GCGGGGGCGGCGGGAGGCGUUCCCGGGCCCGUGAUGUCACGAUCGCGGCGGGGCCCCGGCAUUCCAAGGCCGGUCUCGGGCGCGGGGCGGCCGGCUCCUGAGUCAUGGACUUCCCCUGGCCCCUCCUCUGCCCCUCCCCCCGGCCCGCCGGGCCCCCCCGCGGGGGCUAGCGCUGGCGCGGCGGCUCCGAGGGGGUGGGGCUGCUGGGAAUGGCUGUGCCCCCUUCGGCUUCCCUGCAGUGCUCGCCCUGCUACCUGCGCGGGCGGGCUCCCUGUCCGCAGUGCUCAUGGGGCAUGGAGGAGAAGGCGGCGGCCGGCGCGGGCUGCCGGGAGCCUAAGGGCCCCCCGAGGGCGGCCGCCGUCCCGAGCUUGGCAGUGUCGGUGGACCCGGACGACAUCCUCCCCGGCGCCCUGAGCCUCAUCCGGGAGCUGCGACCGUGCUGGAAGCCAGAGCAAGUUCGCACCAAGCGCUUCACUGAUGGCAUUACCAACAAGCUGGUGGCGUGCUACGUGGAGGAAGACAUGGAGGACUGCAUGCUGGUCCGGAUAUAUGGGGAGCGGACAGAGCUGCUCGUGGACCGGGAGAAUGAGGUCAGAAACUUCCAGCUGCUUCGAGCACAUGGCUGUGCCCCCAAACUGUACUGUACCUUUCAGAAUGGGCUGUGCUAUGAGUACAUGCAGGGUGUGGCCCUGGAGCCGGAGCACAUCCGGGAGCCCAAACUCUUCAGGUUAAUCGCCUUAGAAAUGGCCAAGAUUCACACCAUCCAUGCCAAUGGCAGCCUGCCCAAGCCUGUACUCUGGCAGAAGAUGCAGAGUUACUUCACGCUGGUGAAGAAUGAGAUCAACCCUAGCCUCUCUGCAGAUGUUCCUAAGGUGGAGGUGUUGGAGCGGGAGCUGGCCUGGCUGAAGGAGCAUCUCUCCCAGCUGAACUCUCCCGUGGUGUUCUGUCACAACGAUCUGCUUUGCAAGAACAUCAUCUAUGACAGUGCCAAAGGUCGCGUGCAGUUCAUUGACUACGAAUAUACUGGCUACAACUACCAAGCAUUUGACAUCGGCAACCACUUUAAUGAGUUUGCAGGUGUGAGCGGGGUGGAUUACUGCUGGUACCCUACACAGGAGACCCAGCUGCUGUGGUUGCGCUUCUACCUCCAGGCCCAGAAGGGCACAGCCGUGACCCCCCGGGAGGUGGAGCGGCUCUACGUGCAGGUCAACAAGUUCGCCCUGGCCUCCCACUUCUUUUGGGCCCUUUGGGCACUUAUCCAGAACCAGUUCUCCACCAUCAACUUCGACUUCCUCAGGUACGCAGAGAUCCGAUUCAACCAGUACUUCAAGGUGAAGCCUCAGGUGUCAGCCCUGGAGAUGCCCAAGUGACCAGCGCCCUGAUCUUCCCUACCCAUACGGCUCUGGGGUCCACACCCUUGGACAAGGUGGAGGAGGGGAGAGGCAGAUGCCAGGAAAGAGGCCCCUGGUGGAUGCCACUGGAAAGACCUCAUUCUCCUGUCUGGCAGGGCUGACAGGAUCCAACACUGGGGGCCCUGAGCUCAGCAGGCUAGGGAGGAAGUGCCUGCAGACAGCCAGGGAAGCUACCACUCCCAGCCCUAGGCCUGCUGGUAUUGGACUGCCUUAGAUGUGUCUUUGACCCUUCCUGGCAGGGGGAGGGGAGGUUCUUUUCUACCUCUGAUGCCCUAGCCUCCAGCAUGUCCUCACACCCAUGUGGCAGGUCCCACGUGGGAGGUGCUGAACCCCAAACCAGCCUCAGGCCAACUUGGGCUGCUUGAGGUCCACAGCCUGGGGAAGGGCCCUGGAAUCCAGCCAGCAGCUGCCUGGUCAGAGCCUUCACUUGCACCAGGACAGCUAUUCCUUCCCAAGCUGCAGACAGGAAAUGUUUCCUUCCACUCUGGCCCUCAGUUGCCUGCUGGGGUGUCAAAAGGAGUGGCAAGCCCUUCCUCCAAAGCCUGGGUCUGUUGUGACUUAGCCAGAGGAGACGGGGCCAAGGGUGGGGUGGCCGGCACCAGGGCCUCCCUUCCAAAGGUCUGUCUCUUGUCUUCCCCGUCCAUGCCAGAGUUAACCCAAGGUCUUUACACACAAGAAUGACUGAUUGGGGUCAAGGGGAAGAGGGCCAGGGGUCUGCAGGGUCCUGCACUCUGGGGCCCAGAUCAUGAAACUGCCGACUGAGCUUUGUGUCCGUGACACUCGGCAGCCCCCAUCGCCCUUCUGUCCACAGAGCUUCUCCGGUGUCUCAUUUGUAAAGUAUCGUGGAUUUAUGCAUUAAAAUGUUCAUUUCUGGA